AUGGUGGACAUGAUUGCCAAGCUGACCAGGAGGGAGAGUCGAGCCCUCCGGGCACAGGCGGACGAGCCCUCGGAGCCCGUGUAUGUGAACGUGGAGCGGCAGCCUUUGGCCACCUCGCCCCGCGCCUCAGCCCCCCGUCCCAGCUCUGUGUGGGAGACUCUCACCGACGCGGGCACCGGGCGCCCCUACUACUACAACCCAGACACGGGCGUGACCACCUGGGAGUCGCCCUUCGAGGCUGCGGAGGGCACUGCCAGCCCAACCAUCUCCCCGGCCUCUGUGGGCAGCCGCGAGAGCCUCGAGGCUGAGUGGGGCCAAUACUGGGAUGAAAACAGCCGCAGAGUGUUCUUCUACAACUCGCUGACGGGAGAGACGGCCUGGGAGGACGAGAUCCAGGACGAACAGGAGGACGAGCUGGAGAUGCAACCCGGCCUGGGCCCUGGCGCCAUGCGGGACCAGAGGCCUCCCACCCCUGAGACUGACUACCCAGAAUCACUGACCAGUUACCCGUCGGAAGACUAUUCUCCAGCGGGCUCCCUCAACGACCUGAGCCCCGCGGGUCCCUUGGCCACACCUCCUGGCUGGUCUUGUCACAUCAGCCCAGAUGGCCAGACGCUGUACACCAACCACUUCACCCAAGAACAGUGGGUGAGGCUGGAGGACCCGCAUGGGAAGCCAUACUUCUACAACCUAGAAGACACCUCUGUCCAGUGGGAGCUGCCCCAGGUCUCCUUCCCUGUCCCUCAAAAUAUCCGCAAGUCCAGUCAGGACAGUGACACUCCUGCCCAGGAUAGUCCCCCUGAGGAGAAGAUCAAGACGCUGGACAAGGCAGGCGUGCUCCAUUGCACGAAGACUGUGGACAAGGGGAAGCGGCUCCGGAAGAAGCACUGGAGUUCCUCCUGGACUGUGCUGGAAGGCGGCGUCCUGACAUUCUUCAAAGACUCUAGGAACUCAGCUGCAAGCAGCCUGAGGCAACCUUCCAAGUUCUCCACCCCAGAGUACACAGUGAAGCUGAAGGGGGCCUCUCUCGCCUGGGCUCCCAAAGACAAAUCCAGCAAGAAGAACGUACUAGAGCUGCGAAGCCAUGAUGGCUCGGAGUACCUGAUUCAACACAACUCAGAGGCCAUCAUCAGUACCUGGCAUAAGGCCAUUGCCCAGGGCAUCCAGGAGCUGGUAGACGAGCACCCUGAGGAGGAAUGUGAGAGCGGCAGUGUGGACUUCGGCUCCAGUGAGCGCCUGGGAAGCUGGCGGGACAAAGAGGACGACAUGAGGCCAGGCGCAGCCACUCCCACCUCGGGCUCGGAGAGCGACGUGAGCAAGGUCCGGCACAAGCUGCGCAAGUUCCUUAUGAGGCGGCCCACUCUGCAGUCGCUGCGCGAGAAGGGAUACAUCAAAGACCAGGUGUUCGGCUGUCCGCUGGCCGCGCUGUGUGAGCGCGAGAGGAGCUCGGUGCCGCGCUUCGUGCAGCAGUGCAUCCGCACCGUGGAGGCACGAGGGCUGGACAUUGACGGGCUGUACCGCAUCAGUGGAAACCUGGCCACCAUCCAGAAGCUACGCUACAAAGUGGACCACGAUGAGCGUCUGGACCUGGACAACGGGCGCUGGGAGGACGUGCACGUGAUCACCGGAGCCCUGAAGCUCUUCUUUCGCGAGCUCCCCGAACCCCUCUUCCCCUUCUCCCACUUCCACCAGUUCAUCGCGGCCAUCAAGCUGCAGGACCAGGCCCAGCGCAGCCACUGUGUGCGCGACCUCGUGCGCUCGCUGCCCGCCCCCAACCGUGACACCAUGAGGCUGCUCUUCCAGCACUUGUGCCGGGUGAUCGAGCACAGGGAUCAGAACCGCAUGUCCUUGAAGAGCGUGGCCAUCGUGUUCGGGCCCACACUGCUGCGGCCUGAGAAGGAGGAGACCAGCAUGCCCAUGACCAUGGUGUUACAGAACCAGGUGGUGGAGUUCAUCCUGAAGCAGUGCUCGGAAAUCUUCCGGCCACACUGA